AUGGCAGGACAACUCAUUAUUAAAUAAAAAUUUAAAAUGAAACUAAAGAAUGGAUUGUUUAAAAGAGGUAUUGAAUAAAUUGUAAUAGAUAUUCGGAGUUUAAAAAGUUAAAGGACAGUUUAACAUAAUAUUUUGGAGAUAUUUUNAAAGAAAAGUAAUACAUACAGAACCUAGAAAGAACCAACUAAAUGUAUAAGUUGA